GUCACGAUGUCGAGGAGAAGGGAGUGAGGAUGAAGCUGACAGUCAUCGACACUCCAGGCUUUGGGGAUCAAAUCAAUAAUGAAAACUGCUGGCAGCCCAUCAUGAAGUUCAUCAAUGAUCAGUACGAGGCCUACCUGCAGGAGGAGAUCAACAUCAACAGGAAGAAACGGAUCCCAGACUCCCGGGUGCACUGCUGCAUAUACUUCAUCCCUCCAACGGGACACUGUCUCAGGCCUCUGGAUGUUGAGUUCAUGAGUCGUCUCAGCAAAGUGGUGAACAUCGUCCCCGUCAUCGCCAAAGCUGACACGCUCACCCUGGAGGAGAGGGACAGCUUUAAACAGACGAUCAGGGAAGAACUGCGAGCCAACGGAAUCGAUGUUUACCCCCAGAAAGAGUUCGACGAGGACAUGGAGGACAGAAUGAUCAAUGACAAAAUCAGGUUGAGAACGUCGCUCAUUGUGAGUUUGCUUUCCUGCGGGACCUCCUCAUCAGGACGCACAUGCAGAACAUCAAAGACAUCACAGGCAGCAUCCACUACGAGACUUAUCGCGUCCGCCGGUUAAACGAGUCCAACGCUCAUCUCAUGUCUCAGCCGUCUGACCACCUGACUGCGCAACCGAAGGCCAAUGGUCAGCUGGAGGUGCAGCCUGGAGCCCCACAGGCCAACGGAAUGGCUCCUCAGCACGAAGCCCUGUCCCACGAGAUGUAAAGGGUGGCAUCGGCUUCUGGUAUCAGGACACAGACGGGCAUAAACACAUACACAGACGUGAACCAGCUCACUCCUCGUGGUGAUGAUCCUUUCAAAUAGAUUGGUGGACCUCC